CGCAAUCGUCGCCCCCCAACUUAUACAAAAAAACCGGGUAAUGUGAGCCAGCGCUGCGGAAUAUCAGCAUAAAUAGACCGUCAUAGCUCGCACGACAUCGCUGCGCAAUCGCAGCGAGCCGGCACACAAAACACAAAACACCAAGCACAAAGUAUCACGCACCGAAUCUGUCGCGUUCGCCCUAGUGUCGGCGAGUCUCACUCCACUGUAACAACGAAGCAUGGGCGCCCAGCCCACGAAACCAGAAAGAGAAGAGGCGGACGAGCUGCGAAAGAACGUGCCGCAGGCCUGCUCCGAGGCGGCCGACGCGAUCCUGGAUGCUGAUGUAUUAUUGCUCGCGACGGGCGCCGGCUGGUCCGCUGAAAGUGGCUUAGCUGUAUACAGGGACAUCGCGAACGUCAAAGCAUAUGCUGAAAGAGAUCUUACAUAUAGAGAACUGUGCGUGCCGUCGUGGCUGCGCGACGAACCCGAAUUAUUCUGGGGCUUCUGGGGCCUGUGCUUCAACGACUACCGGCAGACGAGGCCCCACGACGGGUAUGGCAUCGUUAAAAAAUGGCGGGAUGCGAUGUUUUCUACUUCUGACGUGGCGGACGUGAUCGGUUUGAGGGUUGCGGAGCAGGAGAAGCAAUCAUCACUGGAGGAUUUAAAAAAUGAGGAGGAGGCGUGGUCGAAUGAUCACGUCACACCGCCGGGCGCCUUCUUCUCCUACACAUCGAACGUCGACGCGCAUUUCUAUGAUGUGCUCGACGCGGGCGAGAUCCGGGAAUGCCACGGCAAUGUCGAGUUGUAUCAGUGCGGCGGGCGGCGAGUUGUUGUCGAGGAUGAAGAAGGUGAGAAGGUGUUGUACAUGUCGAAGAAGUGCUCGCGGAGCGUGUGGCGCGCUCCAUCAGAUCUGGCGCCCUACGCCGUCUCCACAGAAACGAUGCUGGCGGAGGACGGCACCCGCGCGUCAUCACUGGCCGCGAAAACGGAUGUGGAUGAUAAAGCAACGAUCGGCCACACGGGCGGUGAGACGAGGGACCCGUCCACCACGCUCCAGCACAUGCCGCCUCCGCUGAAUGAUCGCUCAAAAACGUUCGACAAAAAUUGGCCAAUCUGCCCGCGCUGCGGCGGCCGCGCGCGGCCGGCCAUCCUCAUGUUCGAGGAUAACGACUGGGUCGACUCGGCCUUGCAGGACCGGCGCUACCGCGAGUGGACGGCGGCGGUGCGCUGGCUCGCGACGGAGACGCGCUCUGCAUCAAAUCCAUUAAGGGUUGUGAUCCUCGAGGUCGGCGCCGGCGGCAACGUGACCACGGUCAGGCACGAGUCGGAGCACGUGUUUCGCAACGUCGAUGCCGUGGCCACCACCUUAAUCAGGGUGAACCCCGAGCUGCCGCUGCCGGACAACGACGUUGACAAAUUAGCGGCGGGCCGCGUCCGCGUUGUAUCAAUCAUGGCCGGCGGGCUGGAUGCAAUCAAACGCAUCGACGCGUGCCUGCGCGAGCGGCGGCCGGACCUGUUCGACGAGUCGCCCAUCCCGCCGGACGAGGCGUACACUCCGCUGGCGGGCUACGAGGCGAUCGGCGAGGAGCUCGGGGACAUCCGCCUCGACGAGUGACGUCACUUAAGUUUUGAAUUAAUUAU